GGUCCCAAUCCCAUCCCCACCACGUUUGACCCCCGACAUUCCACCCAUGGACGAGGACCGCGCCGGCGGGCCCCACCACCACCGCCCCUCGCCGCCGCCGUCCUCGGACGCCGGCAAGCGGCGCCGCCUCCCCAACGUCCGCCUCGCGGGCUCCGUCCCGCCCCCGUCCCACCUCCCGCACCCGCGCCGCGUCCCCGUCGUCCCCGCCACCAGGUCCCGCGUACCCCUGCACCUCAGGCACCAGCAAAACAAUAGCCACCACCAGGCCCCCUCAGCGGACCAGCCCCAAACCCUCCCAAAACCCUCCGCCGACAGCGGCGACGACCUCGCCCUCGCCCUCGCCGCCGCGUUCCCCCGCAAGCCCAGGGCUCCGGAGGCGGCCGCGGCGGGGAAGGCAAACGAGAGGGCGGAUGAGACGGAGUCGGAGCCGGAGCCCGAGACGGAGACGGAGGAGUACGGGGAAGCCGGGGAGGAGGUGGACGACGUGGCGGGGUGGCUGUGGCGGAUGGGGAUGGGCCGCUACGCGGCGGCGUUCGAGGCGCACGAGGUGGACGCAGCCGUGCUGCCCUGCCUCACCAUGGACGACCUCCGGGACAUGGGCAUCGGCGCCGUCGGGGCGCGCCGCAAGCUCUUCUGCGCCAUCCAGAGGCUCGCCCCGCCCCCGCCGCCGCCGCCACCACGGAGGUGAAACCGUUCUGCCUGACAUUCCCGCUGUGGGCGUGCUAGCUUGCUAGCUAGUUCGGCGCAUCACCUUGCUAUUGCUAGGGGACUUAGGAUGCGUCGGUCGUAGGAGUAGGAGCUGUCCAAAGUGUAAAAAUGAGGAGGUUUGGUCUUUUGCUUAGCUAGUGAAAUGAUAGCGUGGUUGGUUCGAGGCGCCGUUGCUUCUAACUAACUCUAAUGCUUCUGAUGUUGUGUAGUGCUUUAAUAGAGAUGCUAGGACGCUUUGUCGUAGGCUGUAAAUAGGAAAAGAUGAAAUGCUAAUGCUGGGUUGUUGA